AGAAGAAGAAGAAGAAAGGAGAACAAGUGUUUGUCUGAGUCGGAAGAUUAGGAGGCAAAGAACAGCACUCAGCUUCCUGACCACCAGACAGGCUGAAAGCCAAAAUGAAAAUCACAGCUCUGAUGGUUUUGCUGAAUUUGCUGCUAGGAGGACAUGCCAUGUCCACAAACCGUCUCUCUUGCUACAGGAAGAUUUUAAAAGAUCGCAACUGUCACAACAUUCCUGAAGGAGUGGCAGAUCUUAAACAGAUUGAUAGACACCUCCAGGACCACUUCUGGAAUGGAAAAGGAUGUGAGAUGAUCUGUUAUUGCAACUUCACUGAAUUGCUGUGCUGCCCAAAAGACAUCUUCUUUGGGCCAAAGAUCUCUUUUGUGAUCCCUUGCAACAACCAGUGAGAAUCUUCAUAACGGCACCAUGUCAUAGUCUAUAGAGAAAGGAUAUGGACUGGAGAUUACCCCGGUUCAAAUUCUGACUCCAGCUCUUUCCAACUGUGAUCCUGAGUAAACUACUUAAUCUUUUGGAGCCUAAAAUGCUUAUGUGUAAAAAGGAAAUAAUAAAACCUACCUCCCAAGGAUGUUAUAAGGAUCAAAUGAAAUCAAAUGCUUUGCAAAACCUUAAAGGGCCAUAUGUAUUCUACAGCAUAUCCCCAACAAAUCUAUCCAAUAAUAAUAAUAAAAUUAGCCAUUAUGAGAGGUUGCUUCUAUUCAGUUCCUUAAGGCAAAAUGUAAAUUCCUAGUUGUCCAGGGCAAAAAGUUUGCCAGACUAGUGGCAAAGAAACAAAUAUGCUGAUCUCAUUUUCCCCCCUCUUUGUGGAUGCUAACAGCAGACUGAUUUUUUAAAAACAAUUUUAUUGAUGCCUUUUGCUUUUACAUCAUAGUCAAUUCCAAAUACAUUUCUCUUCCCCCUACACACACACACACACACACACACACACACACACACACACACGCACACAUCAAUGGAUUGGUAAAUUUUUUGUAGCCAUUCAGUAUAACCAGGAGAAUAUCUCUCACCCACCUCAUUAACAUCUAUGACCUCUGAUUAAAAGUUUUGCUGAGAACACAUUCAUUUCUAACUUGACAUCUGCAGUCUUUAAGAGCAUUUUCAAGGCCACCUCGAAAAUGUGUUCUUUUAAUGUACCCAGCUGCCACAUUAUAUCCCUUCACACAACUGUUUGUUGCCUUCACUGAUCUGAUCAUUAAUUAAAGUAAACUCAAUGAAAGGAUUAGAAACAACUUCCCACGUCAUCUCAUCCUGCAAAUAAAAUCUACAAAAUGCCACUGAUACGAGGGUCUCCAAAGUCACCUGUUAGCCACAUGGAAUCAAGGGAAGGGGGUCGCUGAUGUGUACGAUAAAAUAUCGGUUCAACUUUAACAUGUACUGGCUUAAAUAAUUCUUGAGGCAUUCUGCAUUCAACAUGUCCUGCAAAAUUCACUUAGUGAGCGGCACAAGCAAUCAAAACGCUGGAGCUGGAGCCAGCCUCAUACAUUUACCAGGUGAGUGACUCUGGUCAAGUCGCUGAACCUCCAUCUCAGUUUCCUCAUCUGUAAAAUGGGGAUGAUAAUGGCGUCUGCUUCACAGGAUUGUUGUUAGAACCGCAUAAGAUAAAAAAUUUAAACUGAUUUGCAAAACUUAAAGCGCUCUAAAUGUCAGCUAUUAUUGUUAUUGUUAAUAAUAAUAACAAAUUUUGGAUGUUUCUACCAAUUGUCCAAAGUUGGAAAAGUGAAAAGAAAAUUAAGCCCCUAGUAGUUGUUUUGUUUACACAAUGCCAGACUGAUGACUCGGCCUCCUGUCUACUACCUCUCCCAUCUGAAAUGGAUUCCUUUUUUUGAGCUUAGGUAGACGCAGAAUAAGGAACCCUGUCUUUCUCCCCAUGCUCUAAACUCCUUCUGAAAGAGAAAGUGUCAGAGAUUUAUUCUCCUUGUUCAUAAUUAUAUAUAUUAUCAUCAUGAGCUUUCUAAUAACUGUUUUCAGAUUAGUGUGACAAAAAUCUAAUGAGAAAAAAAUUGGUAUGGGGAAAAUAAGAAUGCUGACGUUUCACAAACUGCUACUACCAAGUUAUUAAUGAAGAGAACCGUACCACGUUGAUAAUAAAAAUAUUUGUUCAGCUUGUCCUUUCUGAGAAUUACUUUGUAACAUGAAGUUCAGUUUCUGCCGUCUAACAGCAAGUUAUAGAAGGGAAAGUAUCCUUUGUCAUUUCCAAAUAAAAGCUUUUUUGAACAAUGUUACAUGUAAAACAUGAGUGUUGAAAAAGCUUGCUUUAUUUGACUCU